UGCUUCCUUUCGUUCCCCAGCGACUAACCAGUGGUUCAUCCCAGCCGUGAGAGGGGACAUUCCCCCCGGGUGUGCAGCCUAUGGCUUCGUGUGUGAUGGGACUCGCCUGCUGGUGUUUGGUGGGAUGGUGGAGUAUGGGAAAUAUAGCAAUGACCUCUAUGAGCUUCAGGCAAGCCGGUGGGAAUGGAAGAGACUCAAAGCAAAGACGCCCAAAAACGGACCCCCUCCGUGUCCUCGGCUUGGGCACAGCUUCUCCCUUGUGGGCAACAAGUGCUACCUGUUUGGGGGUCUGGCCAACGAUAGUGAGGACCCCAAGAACAACAUUCCGAGGUACCUGAAUGACUUAUACAUCCUGGAAUUGCGGCCAGGCUCCGGAGUGGUAGCCUGGGACAUCCCCAUCACUUACGGCGUCCUGCCUCCACCCCGGGAGUCACAUACUGCUGUGGUCUACACUGAGAAAGACAAUAAGAAGUCCAAGCUGGUGAUCUAUGGAGGGAUGAGUGGCUGCAGACUGGGGGACCUCUGGACCCUGGACAUUGAGACUCUGACGUGGAAUAAGCCCAGUCUCAGCGGGGUGGCACCUCUUCCUCGAAGCCUUCACUCAGCCACAACCAUAGGAAACAAAAUGUACGUGUUUGGUGGCUGGGUGCCUCUCGUCAUGGAUGACGUCAAAGUGGCCACACACGAGAAGGAGUGGAAGUGUACCAACACACUGGCUUGUCUCAACCUGGAUACCAUGGCCUGGGAGACCAUCCUGAUGGACACGCUGGAGGACAAUAUUCCUCGGGCCCGAGCUGGCCACUGUGCUGUAGCCAUCAAUACCCGCCUGUACAUAUGGAGUGGGCGCGACGGCUACCGAAAGGCCUGGAACAACCAGGUCUGCUGCAAGGACCUCUGGUACCUGGAGACAGAAAAGCCACCGCCCCCGGCCCGGGUACAGCUGGUACGAGCCAACACCAACUCCCUGGAGGUGAGCUGGGGGGCAGUGGCGACAGCCGACAGUUACCUUCUGCAGCUCCAGAAAUAUGACAUUCCUGCCACGGCUGCUACUGCCACCUCCCCCACACCCAAUCCAGUCCCGUCUGUGCCUGCCAACCCUCCCAAGAGCCCUGCCCCAGCAGCAGCCGCACCUGCCGUGCAGCCGCUGACCCAAGUAGGCAUCACGCUCCUGCCCCAGGCUGCCGCCGCGCCCCCGACCACCACCACCAUCCAGGUCUUGCCGACAGUGCCUGGCAGCUCGAUUUCCGUGCCCACUGCAGCCAGGACUCAAGGUGUUCCCGCUGUUCUGAAAGUCACCGGUCCUCAGGCAACAACAGGAACCCCAUUGGUCACCAUGCGACCUGCCAGCCAGGCUGGGAAAGCCCCCGUCACCGUGACCUCCCUUCCUGCAGGCGUGCGAAUGGUUGUGCCAACGCAGAGUGCCCAGGGGACGGUGAUCGGCAGCAGCCCACAGAUGAGCGGUAUGGCUGCGCUGGCGGCCGCGGCCGCUGCCACACAGAAGAUCCCUCCUUCCUCGGCGCCCACGGUGCUGAGUGUCCCGGCGGGCACCACCAUCGUCAAAACCGUGGCUGUGACGCCUGGCACCACCACCCUCCCGGCUACCGUAAAGGUGGCCUCCUCGCCAGUCAUGGUGAGCAACCCAGCCACUCGAAUGCUGAAGACUGCAGCUGCCCAGGUGGGGACGUCAGUCUCCUCUGCUGCCAACACAUCCACCCGCCCCAUCAUCACAGUGCACAAGUCAGGGACUGUGACAGUGGCCCAGCAAGCCCAGGUGGUGACCACAGUGGUGGGUGGAGUCACCAAGACCAUCACCCUGGUGAAGAGCCCCAUCUCUGUCCCAGGAGGCAGUGCUCUGAUUUCCAACCUGGGCAAAGUGAUGUCAGUGGUUCAGACCAAACCGGUUCAGACUUCGGCAGUCACGGGCCAGGCAUCUACGGGCCCAGUGACUCAGAUCAUCCAGACCAAAGGGCCCCUGCCGGCCGGGACCAUCCUGAAGCUAGUGACCUCCGCAGAUGGCAAGCCCACCACCAUCAUCACUACCACGCAGGCCAGCGGGGCUGGGACUAAGCCCACCAUCCUGGGCAUCAGCAGCGUGUCCCCGAGCACCACCAAGCCUGGCACGACCACCAUCAUCAAGACCAUCCCCAUGUCGGCCAUCAUCACGCAGGCUGGUGCCACAGGCGUGACCAGCAGUCCUGGCAUCAAGUCCCCCAUCACCAUCAUCACCACCAAAGUGAUGACUUCGGGAACAGGAGCACCUGCCAAAAUCAUCACAGCUGUCCCUAAAAUCGCCACUGGCCACGGGCAGCAAGGAGUGACUCAGGUGGUGCUAAAGGGGGCCCCUGGACAGCCGGGCACCAUCCUCCGUACCGUGCCCAUGGGGGGUGUCCGCCUGGUCACUCCUGUCACUGUCUCUGCCGUCAAGCCAGCUGUCACCACGUUGGUUGUGAAGGGCACCACAGGCGUCACAACCCUCGGCACAGUGACAGGCACCGUUUCCACCAGCCUUGCCGGAGCUGGGGGCCACAGUACCAGCGCCUCCCUGGCCACACCCAUCACCACCUUGGGCACCAUCGCCACCCUCUCUAGCCAGGUGAUCAACCCCACUGCCAUCACCGUGUCAGCUGCACAGACCACGCUGACGGCGGCCGGCGGGCUCACCACCCCCACCAUCACCAUGCAGCCUGUCUCCCAGCCUACCCAGGUGACUCUCAUCACGGCACCCAGUGGCGUCGAGGCCCAGCCUGUGCAUGACCUCCCCGUGUCCAUUCUGGCCUCGCCUACUACAGAGCAGCCCACGGCCACGGUCACCAUUGCUGACUCGGGCCAGGGGGAGGUGCAGCCAGGCACCGUGACGCUGGUCUGCUCCAACCCGCCCUGCGAGACGCACGAGACGGGCACCACCAACACGGCCACCACCACCGUCGUGGCUAACCUCGGGGGGCAGCCCCAGCCCGCGCAAGUGCAGUUCGUCUGUGACAAGCAGGAGGCCGCUGCUUCUCUCGUGACCCCAGCCGUAGGGCAGCAGAACGGCGGCGUGGUGCGCGUCUGCUCCAACCCGCCCUGCGAGACCCACGAGACGGGCACCACGCACACGGCCACCACCGCCACGGCCAACAUGGCUGGGCAGCACGCGUGCUCCAACCCGCCCUGCGAGACGCACGAGACGGGCACCACCAGCACCGCCACCCUGGCUCCCGUGAGCGGCCAGGUCAGAGCCGGCGUCCUCGGAGGCAAGGAUGGCCCCGUGGCCGGCCUGAGCCCGCUGCUGGCUGCGGGGCGCCAGCUGGAGGCCCACCACACGCACACAACCAACACCCCCACCGUGGUCCGCUCCGCCAUGGGCGCCGGGGCGCCCGCGUACGAGAGCUCGCCGGGCGCCGCCGUGACUGUGACGGCCCUGGAAGCGCUGCUGUGCCCCUCGGCCCCC